ACCUUAGAUUUCAGCCUUUACAUUAAUUUGAUAAGUGCUUCCAACUUUGCCUUUUUUAUCUUCCCAAAUGUCGAUGCUGAUCAACUGCCCAAACUGCCGCACUCAGCUGCAGCCUCCGCCGGCCGCCCGCUACAUCCGGUGCACCAUCUGUCUGGCCGUCACCCAAGUGGAUCAAACUUACUUUUUCUCUCCACCUCAGCCGCCCUACUCCUCCGCUUACCACCACCAGUAUCAAGUUCCGGUGCCUCCGGUACCGUCUCCGUACGGACAGAUGCCAGCGGGGCAGCCGGUAGGGGUGCACGGCAAGAAGCGGGCUCUGGUCUGCGGCGUGUUGUACCGGAACACGGGACGUGAGCUGAAGGGGUCUGUAAAUGACGCCAUGUGUAUGAAGUUUUUGCUGAGGAAUCGGUUCAAUUUUCCGGAGGCUUCCAUUCUCAUGCUGACUGAAGAAGAAAAUGAUCCUGAUAGGAAGCCAACUAGAGAGAACAUGAGAAGGGCAUUGUAUUGGCUUGUACAAGGCUGUCAACCUGGAGACUCCCUAGUGUUCCAUUUUUCUGGUCAUGGUUCACAACUGAGAAACUACACUGGAGAUGAGCUUGAUGGAUUUGAUGAGACCCUUUGUCCCAUGGACUAUCAAACUCAGGGAAUGAUUUUGGAUGAUGAAAUCAAUGCAACAAUUGUUAGGCCUCUUCCUCCUGGAGUCAAGCUUCAUGCAAUCGUUGAUGCAUGCCAUAGUGGUACUGUGUUAGAUCUACCAUUCCUUUGUAGAAUGAACAGAAGCGGACACUAUGUAUGGGAAGACCAUCGCCCUCGAUCAGGUGUAUGGAAAGGGACAAGUGGUGGGGAGGUCAUUUCUUUUAGUGGUUGUGAUGAUCAUCAAAUCUCCAUUGAUACACGAGCUCUAUCAAAGAUCGCUUUGACAGGUGCAAUGACCUUUUCUUUUAUUCAAGCAAUAGAGCAUGGACAUGCAACCACAUAUGGGACCAUGUUAAAUUCAAUGCGGUCGACCAUCUAUAACAAUGAUCUUGGGGGUAAUUAUGUGACAUAUUUUCCUACCAUGCAUAUGAUCAAUGAUAGGUUAAAGCAGGAACCACAAUUAACUUCCAACGUACCAAUUGAUGUGUAUAUGAAGCCUUUCUCCCUCUAAUAGGUGGAAC